AUGGAAGGUGGAGAUGAUUUUUUCAAGAAGCGCCUCGAGAAGGAUUUGGCCGAACUCAAGAAAAUGAUCGACUCUCAUUUCGUUCAGCGGCAAAAGGAUGAAGAGGAACUCGCUUCUCUUGAGAAGAAAAUCGCUGAACGAAAAGAGAUGAGAGAACAGCAAAAUGCCGAACGAGCUCGAAAGAAUCAGGAAAGACGCGAGCGUGAACUCCGCGAAAAAGAGGCCAAAGCUUGGGCUCAUAAAUUUUUAAUUAUCAAUGUCAAAAAAUUUGAGAUUUCGUUUAUUUGGUACAAUUAA